AUGAACGCCAAGGUAAAUCCUACUCUUAUUCCUAAUAUCGGUCCUCCUUCUGCCGAGGCCGAGGUCAACUACGAGGGCGAAAUAUCUCUGACGAGUCUAAUUCUUCUGAGUCUGAGGAGGAUAUAUCAUGUAAACAGUAUCAAAUCAUCUAAAGUACCUUCGAGCGAUUUAGAUAAUAACAUCAUCCCAAGGGAAAAUAUUCUCAACGAUGAGAAGACAACAUCCAAAAUUAUAGUCCUCCUGCUCAGUCUGGCAGCCAUCGUUGUCGCAGACAGCCGUGAGAUUUACCGCCCACCUCAGUCUUCCCAGGAAACUUCCGAGUCGUCCGAGGAAUCUUACGAAUCUUCCGAAGCCAAGUACAGCUUCAACUGGGCCGUCAGCGAUGACUCCUCAAGCAACGAGUUCGGACACCAGGAGGCCCGUGACGGCGACCACACUCAGGGAUCCUACUACGUGCAGCUCCCCGACGGCCGCCUGCAGACCGUCACCUACUUCGUGGACGGCGACUCCGGCUACGUGGCUGAGGUCAACUACAAGGGCGAAAUAUCUGACGAGUCUAACUCUUCCGAGUCUGAGGAGGAUACGGCAGAAUACGAUUCAUAAUAAAAAAAACUUGUAUUUUUAUAUUGUGCAUAAGUUGUUACACUUGUUUUGAUUAUAUUAAUAAAAAUAAAUACAUUUA